AUGACAGCAACAAACAACAACAGUAACUUUAUCGUUUCUGAUGAAAAAGUUAUUGAUUCAUUAGCUGAGGAAUUAGUUGUGGCAGAAACUAAAACCCUCAACGAAAGAAUUGGUGAAAACAAGAUUGAUUUACAUAACUACCUCAAACAUGAUGGAGGAAGAGGAAGGAAAACUGGUACAGCUUUAUUAGUAAAUAAAAUAUCAAAUUUAACGAUUAUAGAUGUUGAUAUCAAUAAAUCGUACAAUGAUGAACUUAAAGAAACAGUUGGAAAAGAUAUUUUAUCAAAACUUUCGGAUAAAGAUGUUAUCGUUAAAACCGCUUCAGGAGGUCUUCACAUUUAUUGCAACACUAAUUUCUUCUAUGCAGUUUCGAACAGAAUGAUUAAAUGUUAUUCCUGCAAUGAUUAUGAUAUUGAUAUCAUGACUUCUAUGGAUGAUUCAAAGCGUUCUUUAGUAGUUAUGGCUGAUUCAAGAGUUCGCAAGAAUGCAACAGAACCAAUCAAUACAUACUCAUUCAUUCGUGGAAGUUACGAUUCAACAUUAACUAGAACAGUGAAUGAUAUAUUAAAUGAUUUGAAUAUUAAGGUAAGAGUUGAACAGAAGAACGAAGAAAUAAAGACUAUCAUGAAUGAAAACAAAGAUGUAAACAUUGACGAUAAACUUGCCCAGAGCAUAGUUGAUGGCAUCAGUGAUUUUGAAGUACAUAAUGACGGUGGAAACAUGAAUUUAGAAAAAGAAGUUACAUUAUUCACACUGUUUCAAGCAAUUAAUUCGUUACCUAAUCAUUUAAUUAAUGAAGCAUACGAUAACGUUUAUAACUUCUGCAGCUUAACAGAAAAUGCAAAAAGUAAUUUUGAAAAAGCACGUAGUAGAUAUGCACAUUUAAUGACUUCUCCAUUUGUUUUAGUGAAGAUUCUAAAACUUUAUCAAAAGGAAUAUUAUGAUGAAUAUGUUUUACCUUUAUUACGUAAGCCAAAAAUAACAUUUGAUAUCAAACUUGAUGACUCGUUUUUGAUAACAGAUAUUAGACGCAAGGCUGAAAAUCAUCA